GUAUAUCUCUUUCCAAAAGAAGCAUGCGCUUGCUUUGCCAACCCGACCCAGGCAUUCACCGAAUCUGGCUGAGGCUUAACUGGGCAGGCCAAACGGUCCAGCCGCUCCAACAGACCCCGAUCCUCGCCAUUACUUUUCGUUCGGGAAGCACCUGCUAGAUUAAGGCAGGCAAGCCGGACCCCUCCCUGCCUCUGUCAAUUGGCUGCCAAGUGACACCGGGGGGCGGAUCGGCCUCGCCCCCUGCCUCCUGGCCCAUAUUAACUGGUGGCGCUGGCGCUUUGGCCCCUUAGAGCGCAGCACGCCUACGGUUUGCGGGGAGGUUUUGUUAACUUAUUUUAUCCCAAGCGCGCUGAGCAAGCAUCGCCACUCCCGACCACAGCAGCGUUUGGAUCGGAGCCGCCUCCGCGCUGCCAGACUCUCCAGCAAGAUGCCGCGUUCUUUCCUGGUGAAGAAGCAUUUCUCGGCGAGCAAGAAGCCCAAUUACAGCGAACUGGAGAGCCAGACUGUGAUUGUCUCCCCAUUUUUGUACGAGAAGUACCCCCUGUCUGUCAUUCCCCAGCCAGAUCUCCUGAGUGCUGGUUCUUAUUACCCUCCACUUGUAUGGGACACAGGGCUGCUCUCCAAUUUCUUCACCUCUGAGCCGGAGUACAAGAAAAGUGCAGCUUCUCCCCCUAGCCCCAGCUCCAAACCUCUGGACCUGACCUCCCUGUCCAGCGAAGAGGAGGAUGGCAAGACAACCUCAGACCCGCCCAGCCCGGCCUCAUCUGCCACCGAAGCUGAGAAAUUCCAUUGCAGCCAAUGCAACAAGUCCUACUCGACCUUUGCUGGCCUUUCCAAGCACAGACAAUUGCACUGCGACUCCCAGGCCAGGAAAUCUUUCAGCUGCAAAAACUGUGAGAAGGAAUACGUGAGCCUGGGCGCUCUCAAGAUGCACAUCCGAAGCCAUACCCUGCCUUGCGUGUGUAAAAUCUGUGGCAAAGCUUUCUCCAGGCCUUGGCUCCUGCAAGGCCACAUCAGAACGCACACUGGUGAAAAACCAUUUUCCUGCACACACUGCAACAGGGCCUUUGCUGACCGCUCAAACCUCCGCGCCCACCUGCAGACACACUCAGAUGUCAAGAAGUACCAAUGCAAAACUUGCUCCCGGACUUUCUCCCGAAUGUCACUUCUCCACAAACAUGAAGAAACGGGCUGCACUGGGGCUCGCUGAGAGCUCCCACCCCUCCAAAAAAUGCUACAGACUCUUCUCCAUGCAAAUAGUAUUGUAACUAGCAUCUGUUCUGUAGGAAGGUAGUUUUCCCAUUUUGAACUGAGCUGCCAGGACAGCGCGUAUCAAGCUGUUGUUGCUUCCAGAUGUUUCGGGCCUUAAAGCAACAUACAGACUAUUUCUCUUUGUCCUUGAGGCAGUCUUAAAAAUCUGAUUCCAGCCCCUCCCUUGUGUCCCCCCCCCCCGGGCAAGUGGCAGAAUUCUUGGGUUAGGCAGAUUGAGGAUCACACUGUUUCAUCAUAAACUGGUGGCAAGCGUGCUGAUGUUUGACAAGGGUAAGAAUGUUCAGAAAGUGCUCAGCAUCUUCCAGGAUCGAGCCUUGCACCUAGUUGGCCCUAGUUGAGGGGAUGGGCCGAGAAUAGUAGAUUCACAGUUAACUGUUGACCCUAAAUUGAUACGCCUCUAAAGAAGGACAAAAGCAAAGAGUUCACAAGAAAGCCCCCAACUCUCUCUUGCUCUUAGUGUUGUAUAUACACCGCCCCCACCCCCAUAGAAGGUGUAACUAUGCAGUAAUACAGUAUUGCAUUAGUUCUGAGGCAGCUGCUUCUCCGACCAGCACAAUGAUAAUUUGCAAUGCCUCAAAGAUUAACAAUGUCUAUAGAAGGCAUUGGGUAGCUAUUUCAAACGAGACUCCUGUUUACAGAGCAGCUAUGCACUCAAGCACCUGUUAAUAUGACUUCUUUUAACAACUGCUUUUCAAAAGAACUGUGACUAAUAGCAGGCACUUGUCAGGCGAUACAAUAGGAGCCUGUGUAGAGAGGGCUGCCUAUUGACAGGUGUGUGCCAAAAGAACUAUUUAUGGUUAUUGACAGGUGCCUCCUGAAUGCAUCUUUCUUUUGUACAUUGUUUCCACAUCAUAAACAAAAACAAAAACAAAAGAGAAAAGGGUAUGUUUACAUUUCAAAGGUACACUGGUAUUUAUAUAUUUUUGUGCCACGAUUUUAUACUGAUUCAAAACUUUUUAUAUAUAUAAUUAUAUACAAUUUAUUGAUAUUCAAUAAAAUGGUUAAUUUAUAA